AUGCCACUUUCCAGAGCAGACCGGCUCAAGCAAAUUCGAGCUUUACGAGCCGCUGGCAAGACUGGGUUUGAUGCAUACGAGGUAGCGGAAGCCGAGUCGAUCUACGAGACUGUCGACGAUGAAGGAUACAAGAAAGUCGUACGCAGUCGCCUGGAUCAAGACGACUUCGUCGUGGACGACAACGGUGGAGGCUACGCCGACGAUGGACGUGAGGAUUGGCAGGACCAGCGAGUAGUGUAUGAGGACAGCGAGAGUGAUGGAGAUCUGCCGAAGCAGGGCAAGGCUGCUAAGCGAAAGCGUGAAGAAGACACUGAGCGACAGGAAAAGCUCAACAACGGCAUCAACAAGUAUUUCAGCGCUAAUCCAGCAGCCGCUGCGCCGAAAGCCAAACCUGUACGAACAGCCGAAGACGAUGCCUUCUUGACGGAUCUGCUCGGCGAGGUUGACACCAACAUUCCUUCUCGCGUACCUUCACAUGGCAAGGCAGUGAGAAGCAACGAUCGACGCAAGACCCGAGUGCUUUCACCACCACUUGAGAGCCGGCCUCGCGCACCAAAGUACGAAGAGCACGAAGAUCUCGCCAUCACCCCUGUCGCCAUAGCAGACGACGAUAAAGGCUACUUUGUGCAGCCACAGGAUGACGACGUGCCCAUGAGUGAUCCUCUGCCGUCGUCGCCUGUAGCUAAAGUGGCAGAGAGGAAGGAGGCCGCGAUCAAGGCUGAAGACGUUGACGAGGAUGAUUUGAUGGAGGUUGCUGAAGUUCAGGGCAAUACGGCGAUCAGGUCAGCCAACAUCAACAUGAAGGGCAGUCGUCCUGCACCGAAGCUGGCCAAGCGCGCAUAUCCAACACCAGACAGCUCGUCGCCUGCACGGGCGCCAGAAGAUGGCGUUGACAUGACAGCAAUCAACAAUGUCACGGAAAAGCUCAAUAUUCUUAGCAGCCCACCAGCCGAGACAGUGUCGGCAGGCAAGAUCAGCGCGAAGGAUGCCAUUGAGAAUGAUGGCUCGUUACGCUUCUUCUGGACCGACUACACGGAAGUCAACGGCAGCCUGUGCCUAUUCGGCAAAGUCAAGAACCGUAGCACUGACAGCUUCGUCUCCUGCUUCGUCAAAGUCGACAACAUCCUUCGCAAGCUCUACUUCUUGCCACGCGAGACUCGUCACCGUCAGGGGCGUGACACGGGUGAUGAAGUCGAGAUGGGUGAUGUUUACGAAGAAGUCGACAAGCUCAUGACCAAGUACAAGGUCGACAUGCACAAGAUCAAGCCCUGCUCUCGUAAAUAUGCUUUUGAGCUUCCGGAAGUGCCAAAGGAGGCCGACUAUCUCAAGCUCCUCUAUCCUUACGACAAGCCUGCCCUACCUAUGGACAUCUCCGGCGAAACUUUCUCUCGCGCCUUCGGCACCAACACAGCACUUUUCGAACAAUUCGUGCUAUGGAAGAACAUCAUGGGUCCGUGUUGGUUGAAGAUUGAUGGCGGUGACUUCGAGUCUGCCAGUAACGCUUCCUGGUGUAAACUUGAGCUACAAGUCACGAAGCCGAACAACAUCACAACGCUCGGUGAUUCCGACAACCUCGAAGCGCCUCCACUUACCCUUAUGUCCCUCGCACUACGGACUACCAUGAACGUCAAGGAGAACAAGAAUGAGAUUCUAGUGGCUAGCGUUCGUUUCUAUCCCGAUGUGUCACUCACGGAUACGACACCGCCCGAGAAGCUGCCAUCACGGACUUUCACUUUUAUGCGACCGAAUGGAGAUUAUCCUGUUGGAUUCAAGCUUGAAGCUGAGAAGCACAAGGGCUCGAUCAUGAUGGAGAGAAAUGAAGCCGCACUGUUAAGCAAGCUCCUUGCAAUCAUUCAGAUGCACGAUCCAGAUGCGCUUGUCGGCCACAGACUGGACGACGUGGACUACAACGUGCUUCUGACACGAAUGCGAGAACGCAAGACACCUGGCUGGCAUCGCAUUGGGAGGCUAAGGCGCAGCGACUGGCCCAAGAAUGUUGGCAAGGGAGGUGGAAGCUUCUUCGCUGAGCGCCAUCUUGCUGCUGGGCGCCUGCUUUGUGAUCUUGCCAACGACAUGGGUAAGUCUAUCAUGACUGGCUGCCAGACCUGGAGUUUAGACGAGAUGGUGAAGCUGUAUCUUGGUGGGAACCACGUUCGCAAGGAUAUCGACAACGAGAAAGCACUUGCCAUGGCUACUACGCGACAAGGUCUGAUGAACUACGUCAAGAUGUGCGAACUUGACACGUACUACAUCGCAGCUAUAGCACUCAAGCAGCAACUCCUGCCAUUGUCGAAAGUCUUGACCAACUUGGCCGGCAACUCCUGGGCACGAACACUUUCCGGUACCCGGGCAGAACGCAACGAGUACAUUUUGCUGCACGAGUUCUACCGCAACAAGUACAUCUGUCCAGACAAGGUAUGGGGCAAAGGCGCCACGAACAAAAAGCUCGAAGAUUCUGCCGAAGGUGGUGAGGAUGCAGAAGCGGGCGAUGGCAAGAAGAGAGACAAGUACAAGGGCGGUCUCGUCUUCGAGCCCGAGAAGGGACUCUACGAUAAGUUCAUCCUGGUCAUGGAUUUCAACUCACUAUAUCCCUCGCUCAUCCAGGAAUACAACAUCUGCUUUACGACUGUCGAGCGGUCAAACAUCGGCGAGGACGAGGACGUUAUACCUGAAGUGCCAGAGGAUACGCAGAACAAAGGCAUCCUACCUCGACUUAUUCGUACGCUCGUCAAUCGCAGGCGAGAGGUGAAGAAGCUUAUGAAAGGCAAGGGCGUUAGUGAUGAGCAGCGCAAGACAUGGGACGUGAAGCAACUAGCCUUGAAGCUGACGGCCAACUCUAUGUACGGGUGCUUGGGUUACUCGAAAUCUCGUUUCUACGCCCGACCGCUGGCUGCCUUGACGACCUCGAAGGGUCGUGAAGUCUUGCAAAGCACCAAAGAGCUUGCCGAGUCUGCUCACGCGUUGCGUGUCAUCUACGGUGACACCGACUCCGUUAUGGUCAACACGAAUCAAGACAACAUCCUCGAAGCCAUCAAGAUGGGCAAUGAAUUCAAGAAGGCUGUUAACGAGCGAUAUGAACUGCUAGAGAUCGAGAUCGACAACAUUUUUCGCCGCCUUUUGCUGCAUGCUAAGAAGAAGUAUGCCGCGAUCAACAUGAUUGAGGACGGCGGAGUGUGGAAGGAGAAGAUGGAAGUCAAGGGCUUGGACAUGAAGAGAAGGGAGUAUUGCCAACUCUCAAAGGAUACAUCUACCGAGCUGCUCAACUACCUCCUAUCAGGCGAAGAUCCAGAGAAAGUAGUGUCUCAGAUCCACGACUACCUUCGCAGCCUAGGCGAGAAGAUGCGGAACAACAGCAUUAUCCCUUUAAAGUAUACGAUCUACACGCAGCUCGGCAAGGCACCAAAGGAGUACCCCAACGCCAACUCCAUGCCCUCAGUCCAAGUCGCCCUGAAGCAGAUGGCAAAGGGAAAACAGAUCAAAGCCAAGGAUGUAAUGUCCUUCGUCAUCUGCGGCACAAGCUCAGGCUCAGCAGAGAAGGCUGCCCAAAACGCUCAUACCAUUGAUGAAGUUAUGGCCAAGGACAGCGGACUCGUACCAGACGUCGAUUACUACCUCCACAAGCAGAUCUUGCCGCCUGUCGAGCGUCUUUGUGCUCCUAUCAGUGGCACGAAUAUCUCUCUGCUAGCUGAGUGCCUAGGGCUGGACACGAGCAAAUAUCGUGUCAGUGGUGUUAGCAAGGGCAUUGAGCAAAGCAACGAGAUCACUACGCUUGAAAGUCAGAUCCCAGAUCACAUCCGUUUCAAGGACUGCGAGCCACUGGAUCUACUAUGCUUGGGUUGCAAGCACCACUUCGAAUAUCGCGGGCUGAACUACCAGCCACCACCAGAUCAGGAGAUCCCACUCACACCCCUAACUGUCCUCGCGAACUCUGGUCUCAGCUGCCCACGAGCAGAAUGCAAGAAGACGAUAUCGACAUUGUCCCUCUCCACUCAACUCGAUGCGCAGAUCCGCAAACACAGCUCACGCUACUAUUCCGCCUGGCUGACCUGCGACGACGCGGCCUGUGGCAUCCGGACCCGACAGAUCUCAGUCUACGGCCGUCGAUGUCUUGGUCCGAAAGGGCUGGCACAUGGCUGCUCAGGACGUAUGACGUGGGACAUCUCGCAGAAGGGACUGUAUAAUCAGCUCUUGUUCUUGCAAGGACUAUUCGAUGUCGACAAGAGUCUAGAGAAGAUGGGCAAGCCUGGUCUAGCGGGUGUCAAGACCGAGGAGAGUGAGAAGCUGAAGGUGCUGGCUGGUAUGAAUCGGGAGAGGUUUGAGGUGUGUAGGGGCGUUGUUGAUGGCUAUUUGGAUAAGAGUGGAUGGGGGUGGGUUAGUAUGGAGGGGUUGUUUGGAUAUGCACGGAAGGCUUGA